CGACGCUAAAACGUUUUUGACUUUGUAUACAGUGUUCGUUCGUCCUAAACUUGAGUACUGCAUACAAGCGGCAAGCCCCUGCUUUAAAAAAGACAGUGAGCUUCUGGAAAAGGUUCAGAGAACGGCAACUAAGCUGGUUCCCGGAAUAGCGAAGCUUCCGUAUGAAUCUCGACUGGCCAAGCUGAACCUUUUCCCGUUGUCAUAUCGCAGAACUAGAGGGGACUUGAUUACAGUUUUCAAAUUGCUUAGUGAUAAAUUCGCACCUAACAUGCCCUCAUUUUUCUUGUCUUCCGAAACAGAGAAUUUACGAGGACACUCCGAAAAAGUUCACAAGCCCAGGACAAAUUACUUGUCAGCUGACUAUCGACUUUCCCAUCGAAUCAUAAACGAGUGGAAUUCAUUACCUCAGCACGUGGUUGAGGCUCCAUCCGUCGACUCAUUCAGAAGAAAGUUGGAUCAACUGAGAGACCACCAUUGCCAGGACUAACAUAGGCCAUCGAGCCUCCUGUCCUUCCCAAACUGAAACUGAAACUGAAAUGAUCAAUCAGUCAAUCGACUAAAUACUCAGUGGAUCUUCGCUACUGUUAACUGUCAGCAUUUGCGAUUUACAGGUGUUAAAAUCAAGGAGGUUGGUGACGGUCUAACCGUACACUGUACACGAAAAAUAUUAAAAAUUAUUAAAAAUUUGAUGUAUAUUAUGAUGAAACAUGAGUCACUCUUCAACACUUAUGAUCAACGUAUUACAAGUGUGCUAAUUCAAGAUACAAGUCUGGUCAUUUAUAAACAGUGAUACCGAUGGUUGUCAAAUGUAGUAGGCUUGCAGUAUUGGAUUUUUGUGUUUUUUCUCGAGAAUCCAGUGAUUCCAGUUUUCAAAUAGGUCUAUACUACGUGAUUUUUCUGAGAAAGACUAGUGCUGGGUUAUAAUCACAUCUGACUGAUCAACUGAACAAUGUUGGUGCGACAUUAUAAGCCCUCUAUCCGUGGACUAUACUAAUGUGGAAGUGAUUAAGGUUGGUUAUUGGAAUCCACCCCCUUUGUGUACCGAGAAAUCAGCAAGGUAAAUAAUAAUUUGUUGGUUAAUAUUAUAGGAGUGACUCGGGAAGUCACUAUAAUAAUAUUCGUGAGAUGCGAACACAUUGUGAGAUAAUUUAGACGCGGUUUCUCGUUUGGAAAUCUAAUUUGCACAAUCUUACCGGUCACCCAAGCAUUUCAGUCACUUACAAAUCCGCAAGCAGAGAUGAUGGGUGAUUAUUCAAAAGGUCAAAACACACUCAUUUCGUCCUACUGGAACUCAUCAGCUGCGCAACGUUUCGUGUGGUUUAUGACAAUAUCGUGGAGAUCAUCCCGAAGAACCUUGAUCAACUUCAGCGUUUAGCAUCACAAACGAGGAAAUUCAAAUCCUUUUUGCUGAAUUCAAAUCACCCAACAUUUUCAUUCUUUAAAUGAACAUAUUAUGUUAUACUGGUGUCUAGGUAGGUAUUACAAGCAUUUAUUUAUGCACUACAAUAAUAUAUCUGAUCCCUAAAUCGUAGAUCUACCUUGGUGUGCCUACCCAAUCUAUAGGAUGUUGUGUGGAAGUCACACGAUUGUCUACACUGAUUCAUCCCAUCAUGUUAGUUAGAAUCAUGCUGUUAAGAAGUUCCGUCGAACAUAUUUGGGUAGAUUAUAGAAAGAUGUAUUCGAUGCGAAAAAGAAGACGUUACACGAUCUGACCACGUCUGUAUGGCUGACCUUUACCUUACAGUCCAAGCAUUCCUGCGUUCACCGUUUCAGCUUCAGUUUGGAAAAGACAGUAGGCUGGAUUGUCUCUAUUUGUCCUGUCCUUUGUCUGAUAGAGGUUCAAUCAUUUGUUAGAGUGAUGAAUUCUAUUCGUUCAUAAUUCGAGGAAAAAGUUAAAAGACAGCUGACAAGUGAUUUGUUCUGAGCUUUUGAAUUUUUUAGUGUUCCAAGUUCUUUGUUUUGGAAGACCAGAAAACACUAAUAAUCUCCGAGGUCAUAACAAGAAGGUUCGCAAACUGCAAUCUAACAAACUUAAUGUGGGGUCCCGUUUUUCUCAUCGAGUAGUCAGUGACUGGAACAUCUUACUCAAACAAGUGGUAUUAGCCCCAUCAGUGAAUAUUUUAAAAGAAAAGCAGAACCUUCACUGGAAGGCAAUCUGUCAGGAUUAACACAGGUUCACCAACCUACCAUCCUUAAUACUGAAGACUGUCAGCGCAAAUUUUGUUGCUUACGGCACACCCAGUAUUUCUGAAUCUUUGUGCAAACUAGUCGAAACCAUAUCUGUUUUUUUUUAAAAUUUGGCGUUACUUGUAUAAAAUGUUGUAUCCAAAAUAAAACUAAGUUUUUUCUGGUUGAAAUUGUAAUUUUUAUAUAUCAUUCAAUAGCACUCAUCUUUCCAGGCGUAUGUGACUGUUUAUAUGUACCUUGUUGGCAGCAUUUUCUCGCCUGACCAAUAAGUUGAGAUUUCUGAAAGCUUAGAAUUCCAUGGAAAACUUAUGUAUGAUUGUCGUUCACAUAUAAUAAGUUGGAAAACCUGUUUUUCUGAUGAGAUUUCUUACUAGCAAUAAUUAUUCUGGUAUAGGUGGGAAAUUGGAAACAUCUAGCAACGUUUGGUUGUUAGUUUAGGUUCUUCAGAUACUUUUUGUGUGUACAUAUCCGGACUCCUAAACAGGACUAAGCCAGUCACUGUAAAGUUAAACAAGUUAACAAAAACUAGUUCAUGCGUGACACUAUAACACAUCAAAUAAAAAAAUCUACCAAGUAAUGUUUUCGCGUUGUUUCACCGCAUCUCCACGAAGCCUAUGCUGAUGCAACGAGAUAAAGAUAUGCUGCUUAUAAUGGCUGGGAUAACUAAGAACAGGAGUCAUGGAAUCUUUGAUUGGUCCUGUACCUUACCAUUAGAUAGACAGUUAAAAUAAUAUCAAUCUAAUAUCUUAUUUUCAUGUCGUUCGUUUUAGAGACUUCAUGGUCAACGAUUUUUAAAAUGAGGACAUAACCAUCGUAAAUCGCGUUGCUAUAUAGUGUGUCAUGGCACGAAGUUUUUGGCGCAGUUCAAACUAUUUAGAGUGGUUAUUGGAUCGUCAAGAUGUAAUGAUACAUAGAGCGAAUGAUUUAAAAAUUCUUGGUAGCGAAGAAGAAUAUCAGAAAGUAAUGCUUUUCUUUACUGAUGUCAUUCAAGCAUUUGGCAAAAGCGUUGAAGUCCGUCAACAAGUAAUUGCAACCGCUUUAGUAUAUUUCAAAAGAUUUUACAGUCGCAAUUCAUUUAAGACUAUCGACCCAUGGUUGAUGGCUCCAUCGUGUCUGUUUUUAGCAUCUAAAGUUGAGGAAUUUGGCGUAGUUUCUCAAAAAAAUCUAAUGACAUCAUGUCGUAAUGUGGUUCAUAGUCAUUAUUUAAUCUAUUUUCCUGAUGGUUACGGUUAUCCAUAUCGUGCUCAAGAUGUAUUGGAAUGUGAAUUUAUUUUACUUGAAGCAAUGGUGAGAUUGUUGUUUUGGUUAAUUUGUGAUAUUAAGAAAAUGGGGGUGAUGUCAUUUUAUUGUCGAAAAUAAUUCGUGGAAAAAUAUUGGUCAUGAGGGUUGGAGAGUUGGGACUAUUUUUUAUGUUCACAUCCUACCAAUAAUAAAGUAAAUUAAGUACGACCAUAACAGAGAGAUUAUCCUUGGUUCUAUCAAUCGUGGUUUGAUAUAUAGUCAUAAGCUGUGUAAAGCUUUGGCUGAUAAGGUACAGUAGUCCUGGAAGUGGUAGAUGGUAUUUAUGGAGCCAUUAAGCUUUUCUUUGCGUCUUUGAGGGAGAUAAUUAUAAGCACUAAAUUUUGGUGUAAGCUUUUUGCCCACUUGCAUUCCACAUCAAGCAGUAAUACAUUUUCUGUUUUAGUCAUAAUUGAAUUCUGAAGUUCUCCAAAUAUUUUAUUUUCAGGAUUGUUCAUUAGUCGUCUUCCAUCCUUAUCGUCCGUUGGUACAGUUUUGUGAUGAACUUCGCCCUCAAAUGCAUGAGUAUGCUGACGUACUGUUAGAGCGUGCUUGGUAAGUCGUUUCCUGUAAACCUUCGUACAGAACAUUUUAGGUUAUUAAACAAACACACCGAAGGUCUAUAUGCUAUUUGUCUCAACCAAAAACUUUAUGUAUUUCUUGCAAAUUAUGUCUGUAUGUUGUGGUCAGUGUUGCUUGUGGAGUACUAAUCUGGACACUUCGGGUUCAUACAAUUUAGUCUCAGUUUAGAAUCCAAGUGAUCGUAUAGUACUUUUUGAGAAAAUGCACGAUAAUGUCUGCAGCUCAUCAAAUCAGUAGUAAUAAUUUUAUCUUAUAUGCGAGUAUCGGUAAUCGAGGAUUUUCAUUAUCGAAAUUGUCCUCGUUUACUGAUGAUCAGCCCAACUAUCUUAUUUCCACUUAGCUACUUUGAUCACUGAAGAAGUCGAAAAUCCACAUUCUGUAUCCGAACAACGGUUAAUCAUCAUUGGAUAUCAGGACUCUACUAAUUCAGGAGAUUGCACAAAAUUGUCACAACGCACCAACUCAGUCGUUUAUAAGUAACAUAACUACCUGGUACACAUGUAGAUCAGCCUAAUCUGUUCAUACGAUAAGCUACUAUUCACAAAUCCAGCUUUAAUACAGUGAAUGCGACUAUUGCUAUCAUCAUCUUCACUGCCUCACUAACUCGAGUAAGAAGUCGAGUUGUUGUUUAGAAGCUUGUUGAUCCAAGAACCAGUAAAACCCAAAAUACAUUUAUGAUAUCAGAUGGGUUUUGUGGAGAUUGUAGUAAUUUCAAUGGUUAAGAUCAUGAGUCAGUUGAAGCUAGACCACCCUGGAAAACCUGGAAGCACUGGACGUCCGUCUAUCGAUUAUGAUUAUCACAGUUUACGAUUCGAAUAAUUGUCAAUGAACACAAAUCAGUGAGGAACGUAUUGAAAGUCUAUAAACAGAAUUUACACUUAAUUAUUUAAUGUAACAAGAAUUCAUCUUAAAUCGAUAUUGAUUUUCUUUCUAUGUUGUAUUUAAGGAUUCCAUACCCCCAACAUGUCUGAAGUUACCAUACCACAUCAGUACAGCAAGAUAAAAUAGUAGCAGUAGUACCAGUGAUAGUAAGAAAGAUCUGACAUCGAGGAUAUAAUCCGAGAAAAAAAGAGAAAAUACAAGGAAAUAAUAGGUACCAUCUCUACAUAACGUAUCCUCCAUACAGUCAUUCUUUGUUCUUAAUGCUCAUUAUCAUACAUUCCUGUCUUUACUGUUUGAUGCGUAUGGCUAAAUCAACUGCAAAAGGGAAAAUAACCAACAACACUGAUCUUCAGAAUAAGAGGAGCUUCGAAAAACUCAAAGCGAUUGUCGAACACUGUUUACACACUUUGGUACAAGACUUGCAGUCAUCAUACCUUUAUUGAGUUAACCGUUCCAUUUAUUCAUAAUUAUGAUUCCAUAGUCUGUACAUAUGAUUCCACACUACUUUGUCAAAUUUGGGAUCCCAUUACAUGUUUCGGAAACUCAUAUUUAUUAAUGAAUUAUUUCACUUUACCACUACUCUUAAGGUAUUUCUAACUAUCUUAGGAUCUUUUGAAACCUUAGGACUAUUGGGUAACUGGAUUUUUCUAAUUCGUACAUCUAAGAUGAACUCACAAAUCAAUGAAUUAAUUGUAUACUUUUUUUAAAUAUGCUGCAAAUGAUUACAAUAUAUUUUCGAUCAUCUUUUUUUGUCGAUAUAUGUAAAGGUGGCUAGUAAAUGAUAGUUUUCGAACAGACGUGUGCCUGCAUUAUCCUCCCUAUAUAAUUGCUCUAGGUAUGUUCUUUUUUUACCAUAUGUAUUAUUAAGUCCUUAUUUCUCUUAGAUUCUAAUGAGCUUUAUGUAAAGUCCGACUGGCUACUUUAUUUCAUUUCAUUUAAAAUAUUAAAGUUUCUGAACAACUGGCCACUACAGUAAUCAUUACUAAUUGAGUGAGUGCCCGAGCCUUUAACUACAAGAUCUCAUCCCCAAGGUAGUGGAUUAGCACCAAGUGAUGCGAUCUCUCGAUAGCCAAUGACCAGAGUAGAUUCAUACUCCAUUUGUUCUUUCAGGACCUUGAAGCCUGUAUGCAUUAGUGAGUUUCGCAAACCCCUAGAUAGGUCUCUCAAAUCCAUCAACUCUGUUUAAUUUACUGAUGCCCACUUUUUCUCAUCAUUAUGGUAAAAAUACCUUCAUCAUGAGACGCUAAUGAUUAAAGGUUUCAUGAAAGAGUCUACAGACACAAUACCUUAUGAAAGCACUUCGAAAACUAGGACAAACUACUCACUUUCAACUGUAACAUUGCAUUGUAAAGCAUUCCUUUGCGUAAUAAAUUAGUUUUUUGUGACAGUUAUGUAGGGUCUUUUAUGUCAAAAUUUAUCUUAUAAUUCAUUCAUGCCACGUUUUUAACAUUUCAUUGUAUGCUAUCAGUUUGUAUACUAAUGAUAACACACUGCUUGUUAAAUAUUUUUUUUAAUUCUGUUGUGUAUGUAAUCUGUAAUAUAAAGAACUGUAAAAUUAUUCUUAUAAGACUUAUGCGUCCUCUCUAAUAAUCACUAUUUCACGUUUUUAUCAAUUUUAUCUGGAACAACCUAGAAGUCACAUUCUUUCUGGAAGUAUUAACUUACGUUUAUUUUUAUUACCUAAUUAUUCCUGUCAACCCAACCAUGCCCAUAAACUAUUAUGCACUCGAUACUAAUUUUCAGAAUAUAUUAUUAUUCAAAAUAAAACACAGGUUGUCUACAACUGGCCGUUGUGAUUAUUUCAAGUAAUCCUGACCUAUUAAUCGGCUCCGUCAAUAUCAGUUCAUCAUCAUUUAUGAAUUCCAGUCUAUCUAUUUCAUCAAAUAAACAUGGUUAUUUUGGGCACCAAACCCAAUCAACUGUCAAUCCUUCAUUAGUUGCUGAUCGUUGGUUCAGUGAAUUAAAUGUAGAUAUGGAAAGAGUGAGCAUAAACUUAUUUUUGUUUAUUUGAAUGAUUGUGUGCUGUUGUUUCUUUGCAAUAAGUAAAUAUUUUUGGUAGAUGGAUUUUGUUUCUAAGGUAAAAGGGAUUUUAUCAUCGGCUCAACAUUACGUGGGGUCUUGUUGACCUUUCUAAUUAUGAAUCCUUUUAUUUUAUCCAGUGUGCUCGCUUGUUAUUCAAGACAGAGAGAUAGUUUAAUACAUCGCAGAAGUACCUUAUGCUGGAUAAUUUGUAUUUAUUUUGUUGACCAUUCUAUUAACAACAUCUGCAGACGAAUCAGAACUGACAACACUUUAGAGUGGAACCAGAAAAAUGCCGUGCCAAAAAGGCACCACAACGUGUUUAAAGAAGAAUUGGGAGAAUGUACGAAGGCCAAAGCAUUGUUAACCCUAAAACCUGCAGCUACUUCCGUCUUUCGACCCAAAAGACCUGUACCUUAUGCUGCUCUUCCAAUAGUUGAACAAGAACUACAACGACUUCAGGAAAUGGGUGUUAUCGAACCUGUGAACCUCUCAAACUGGGCUGCACCAAUAGUGGUUGUCAAGAUGUCGAAUGGAAGCGUCCGUCUAUGUGCAGUCUCACCAGUAUCCGUUACCCUUACCAAAAGGUCUUUUCGCCAAGCUGGACGUUGGCAAAUAUUUUGGGAAAUCGGACUUAUCAGACGCGUAUCUACAAAUCCCGGUAUCUGAUGAAAAAAAGAUCUCCUGACGAUCAACACACACAAAGGUCUGUUCCGGUAUAACCGACUACCUUUUGGUGAGAAGACGGCUCCCUCUAUUUUCCAGCAAAUUAUGGAUACUGUGUUACAAGGUAUCCCAGGGGCAGCAGCUUAUUUAGACGAUAUCACAAUUAUGGCAGCAGACAAAAUGGACCUGCAGAAGAAACUGGACCAGGUACUAGAAUGCAUAGCCGAUUAUGGUUUUCACCUCCGAGCGGAAAAGUGUGACUUCUAUAUGCAGCAAGUACGGUACCUUGGGUUCAUAAUAGAUAAAGGUAGGAGACGACCAGACCCAGAGAACAUUGAAGCUGUGAGAACAAUGCCUAGACCUAGGGACAUUCCUACCCUACGAUCGUCCUUGGGACUGGUCAGCCAUUAUGGUGCCUUCCUCCCCAAACUCCAUCUUCUACAUGCUCCACUAAACCACCUACUACAAAAGAGUACAAGAUGGAAUUGGUCUGCGGACUGUCAAGCAUCUUUCGAGAAAAUCAAGCAACUCCUAACUUCCAAUCUCUUAUUGACGCAUUAUGAUCCUUCGCUACCAAUGGUCGUUACCUCAGAUGCUUCUAACCAUGGUGUGUGCGCAGUUAUCACUCACAAUUUUCCUAAUGGGUCUGAAAAACCUAUCUCCCACUCUGCCAGAUCUUUGACACCGACCGAAAGGAACUAUAGUCAAAUUGAGAAAGAAGCCCUAUCAAUUAUCUUUGCAGUGAAAAAGCUCCAUAAGAUGAUGUAUGGUCGACAUUUUACCCUAAUAACAGACCAUAAGCCACUACUUGCAGUUUUGGGGUCAAAGAAAGGAAUUCCUGUUCAUACAGCUAACCGACUUCAACGAUGGGCAACCACACUUCUGGGUUACGAUUUCAAGAUCAUUUAUCAGUCUACUACCGCCUUCGGGCAAGCUGACGCAUUGUCAAGAUUAAUAGGCUUCCAAUCAAAAACCCCAGAGGAGACUCUUGUAGAAAUAUAAAAGCCGAGGAAGAAGUUCAUCGCGUAUUGGAUGACGCAAUCAAUGGACUCCCAGUAACCUUUGAAAACAUCAAGAAGAUCACUGAAUGUGAUAAGACAUUGAGCACAGUCAAAUGCUAUCUCCCGAUCAAAUGGCCAAACAAUCGUCUCGACGGAAAACUUGCAAUAUUUUCGUCGACGGGACUCACUAAUGGUUAUCGACUCAUGUGUUAUGUCCGGUGAUCGAAUUGUUGUUCCGAAGUUAUUACGUCACAGUGUUCUCAAGCAGUUUCACAGUGGCCAUCCUGGAAUCAGUAAAAUGAAAUCGUUGGCUCGUAGUUAUGCUUAUUGGCCGUCAAUCGACAAAGAUAUCGAGAAUAAAUGCCGUAACUGUCCAUCAUGCAUUUAAGCUGCUAAAACUCCUUUGAAAUGUGAGCCAACGCCUGCAGGACCCUGGGUAAGACUUCACGCAAAUUUUGCUGGUCCAAUCUAAGGAAAAAUGUUUCUAAUUAUUGUGGAUGCAUUUACUAAGUGGCCAGAGGUAUAUACCAUGCUUAAUUGUACGACAUCAGAAACAGUCCACAAGUUGUCUACCUUGUUUAGCUGCUACGGAGUUCCAGAGACCUUAGUAACUGAUAAUGGCUCGCGAUUCAUCGCAGAAUCGUUUAAGUAUUUCUGCAGCGCAAAUGAAAUAACUCAUCUUUGUUCUCCGCCCUAUCAUCCGCAAUCGAACUGACAAGCAGAACAUUUUGUGGACACUUUUAAACGAGCAUUACUGAAAAGGAGAAGCGAAGGUACAACUGGACAGAUAAUCACAAAAUUUUUAACACCCUACAGAACCACUCCGAACCCAAAUGUUCCGGAUGGUAAGUCUCCUGUUGAAGCCAUGUUCGGACCGUUUUCAACGCCAUGUUGCCAUUCAAUUAGUGGAUGAGCACAGUCACAAUCCAAAUAUCCGGAGCUUUAAUGUUGGUGACGAAGUUUUCAUUAAAUACUACCUCGGGAAGAACCGAUGGGAGCCGGGGAAAGUUGUACAAAAAUUGGGAAAAGUUUUGUACAGAGUCCGAGGAACUUUUGGAACAUAUAUACGACAUACGAAUCAGAUCCAUAAAGACAAAAGAACGAUGCAGACUCAAAAUAACCAGCCGAAUCUUCCGUUAGAGUUAAUCUUAGACAUCGACUUUACAUAUGCCCAAGGACACUGAAAAUAAGCUUCGGUCAAGGAAGACGCCGCCGGAAACCAGUUGUCAAGCCAAAAGUGGAUCCUAGAAAGAAAUCUUAUUCGGGGAGGUGUUAAGUCGGCUCCCGAGAACUACAACGGAGCCUCCAGAGGCCCUAAUUGAGCCGAAGGGUUUCAGCCAAUCAGAGCACGAGGGAGCUUUCUAGAAUAUUAACGUGGUAUGCUACUAUUGGUCAGUAGCAUAAAAUAUCUUUCAGCGGAUUGGCCAAAAUAUAAACUACCUUGAUUGGUUUAAUGAUUUCGUAUAUGCAUAUGAAUAUUACUGUAUAUUAGAGUAAAGCCUGAUGAGGAUCUAGUCGGAAAUAAUAUUGUUCGCUUAUAAAUGUUGUUCUAAAUUUACAGUAUGGAAAUAUUUCAAAUUUUAAUGUUGAUUUGACAAAUGCUAAUAAUCUAUAAAUACCCGUGUUUUUUUGUACAAGAAGGGACCUUCGGAGUAAAGUGCUUUUCGCUUAAUUUGCGCCUUUUCUCGUGUGUUCAGGUCGCUGCAUAGUUCUAGCUUGCGGGUUACCAGAAUAGCUUAGGAACCGAAUAAAGCGUUCAAAUUAGCAAGACUUAUCACAAUGAAAACUAUAAAACAUAUAUAUGUCAUCUUAAUCCGACUUAUUACAUUAGUCAGGUGAAGUUGAUUUGGUGAGCACAACUUCAUAUAUACACUGAUAACUGAUCUCUCAGCAAACAUGUAAUGAUAACCAUGAUUUUGAGUUUAAGCCGAUUGGUCAGUGGUUAAAGUGCUCGACUUUCAACUACUAGGUUGAAAUUCAUUGCACUUCUGUCUAAAUAACCACCCAGUGUCAUUAAAAAAUGAGAAAUCAGUUGAUGAGGUAGCGAACGUUCAUAUGUAUCAAGUAUCCCCAAUAACCACCUAUCUGGACCCUUGAUGAUGACUGUUGUAUGAGUAGGUUCGACGAAAUCUAUAAGCAGUCAAGCCAAAACAUGCCAUCGGUCCAUGAAGUCAUUUACUGUUGGAUCGAGCCGUGUUAGUGGGUGCAGUUUACCUAUUCGGGGUCCUUGUAAUCAUCCCAACUAGUGGUUGGAGACGACGAAUGUUGUCGCUCAAAAUUGGUCGUAAUGGGGCAAAUCUGCUUACUCUUUGUUUUUCCUUGGUUCUUUCAUUCUCGAAUCACAUGUAAGCGACUACUGCUGCUACUCGUCUUCAUAAUUUCAUCCCGCUGUGCUGACAUGAUGUGGCAAUUUGGACAGAUGCACAUAUGUGCCAUGUUCUACAUUGUUUAUGACUGACUAUUGUCAUUAGCAUUUACAUAAAAUGUAGUUGGAAGGCAAGUGCAUUUAAUUACCGAA